UCAUUAUACGUUGGAAACUUAACCGAUGAUGUGAAUGUUCAAGAUUUACUUAACAUCUUCAGCCAAGCUUCUCCAGUGAUCAAUGCAAGAGUUUGUAUCGAUAGAAUCACUCAAAAACCUCGUGGUUAUGGAUACGUUUCUUAUGCAACUCCAGAAGAGGCUGAUCUCGCUUUAAGAGAAUUUAAUCAUAUCAACCUCAAAGGUAAACCUAUCAGAGUGAUGAGAUCAUACUCAGGUAAACCAAAAGAAUUUCCAUCAGAAGCUAAUUUAUUCAUCAAGAACUUACCUAAAUCAUUCACACCUAUCAAUUUACAUGAUAGUUUCGAAAGAUUUGGUAAGAUCUUAUCUUCCAAGAUUUCAUUUGAUCAAUUAGGUAAUUCAAAAGGAUAUGGAUACAUUCAAUUCGAAAACCCAAAAGAUUCAAACGAAGCGAUCCUUAAUUCAAACGAUUUCCAAUUUGAUAUAAAAGAUGAAGAAGAAUCUAAGAACAUGAAGAAAUUAAAAGUUACCAGUUAUGUGAAACCAGAAGAUAGAAAACCAAAGUUUACAAAUGUGUUUUUUAGAAACUUACCAUUAGAUUUCACAGAAGAAUCUUUCUCGAAAUACGCCAGUGAAUUCGGUAAGAUUACUUCAUUAAUCUUGAAUCCGAUUAACAAAUCAAAAGCUAAG